CUAGCUUCCUGCUGAGAGCAGCGACUAGCCUGAAGGCAGGAGAGCUAGCCCUGAGUCUGUCGUGUUUUGAAACCUCACUCACACAUUCCUUAAAGCAGCACGUUUCGCACCGAAUUACUUGACAGCAUGACUCUCGGGUGAUAAAUAAAGGGGUCCAGGUGCUUUUGGUGCCUCCCAAUUUAAGAUCAGUAAGAGAGGCAGCACUAUUACAGGAGAGAGAAGGAUUAACCUCGGGGCUUUAAGCCCUGGGCGUUAAGCAGGGCUCGGUUGCAUCAGGUAUCAAACGCUGUUUCUUGACUCCGCUGUAACAUGGAGAAGGAAGCCCUGAAGGUUGUGAACAGAGGGGAGGAGGAUGAGAUGGACGUGUCGGGGUACAGGCUGUGCCGCUGGAAGCUGGCGAUCGUUGGCGUGGGGGUGGUCCUGACAGGGGGCUUCCUGUUGCUGCUCCUCUACUGGAUGCCUGAGUGGUGUGUGAAAGCCACUUGUACCAGAACCACCAUUCGAGAGGCUGAAGUGGUGCUGCUGAGAUCUACGGAUGAAUUCAAGCGAUGGUUUAGAGCAAAGGUUCAUGUUAUGCUGGCUCCUGGGAAGAACCCUUUCGACUGUCCGGAUUCCAGAAUUGUAGCGAACGGCCACACGCCUCACCCUGCUGAGAACCAGACAGAGGGCUGCGAGAGGAAGUAUUCAGAAUACCAGCCUUUGCAGAUCCGCUAUUUCACCCUCCACAGCACGAAGUACUAUUGGAAUGAUAUGAGCCAGAAUUUUGAAGUAUUAAAGGGACUGGAGGAUCUGGGAGUCAAGUGUUCUUCUGUUCAUGAUGAUCACAGCAAAGGACUGACAGAAGAUGAGCAGGAUUACAGGAGAUUGUUUUUUGGAGAGAAUGAAAUUGCUGUGAAAGUGCCUUCGAUUUUUAAACUGCUUAUUAAGGAGGUCCUGAACCCUUUCUACAUAUUCCAGCUUUUCAGUGUUAUUCUGUGGAGUGCUGACGAAUAUUACUACUACGCCCUGACCAUUGUCAUCAUGUCAGUCAUAUCAAUAGCCACCUCUUUGUACACCAUCAAAAAGCAAUAUGUGAUGCUGCAUGACAUGGUGGCGACCCACAGUAUUGUCAGAGUCUCCGUGUGCAGAGCCAAUAAUGUGAUAGAGGAGGCCAUGUCCACAGACCUGGUCCCUGGUGACAUCAUGGUGAUUCCAGCCAAUGGGACCAUCAUGCCCUGUGACGCGGUUCUGGUGAGCGGCACUUGUAUAGUCAACGAGAGCAUGCUGACAGGUGAAAGUGUUCCUGUCACAAAGACCAACCUGCCGAAUCCCAGCAGAAGCGCAAAGGGAACGGAGGAGGAUGAGGUCUACAGUUCAGAGCUGCACAAGCGGCACACGCUGUUCUGCGGGACCAACGUUAUCCAGACACGCUUUUAUUCUGGGGAGCUUGUCAAAGCUGUGGUGGUCACAACUGGCUUUAGCACUUCAAAAGGACGGCUGGUGCGAUCCAUCCUAUACCCGAAACCGACUGAUUUUAAACUGUACCAUGAUGCCUACCUCUUUUUGCUGUGUCUUGUUGUGGUGGCUGGGAUUGGUUUUAUCUACACGAUUGUCCACAGCAUCAUGAACAAGGUGCCAUUCCACACCAUCAUCAUAGAGUCACUGGACAUCAUCACCAUCACUGUGCCCCCCGCACUGCCUGCUGCCAUGACUGCGGGGAUCGUCUAUGCGCAGCGCCGUCUCAAACGCAUCGGGAUCUUCUGCAUCAGCCCCCAGAGGAUCAACAUCUGCGGGCAGCUGAAUCUCGUCUGCUUCGACAAGACUGGAACGCUUACCGAAGAUGGUUUAGACCUCUGGGGCAUCCAAAGGGUGGAAAAUAGCAGUUUUCUUCUUUCAGAAACACAUGCCUGUAAGGAAGACCUGGUAAAAUCUCAGUUUGUGGCCUGCAUGGCAACGUGUCACUCUCUCACUAAGAUCGAAGGAAAGCUUUCAGGGGAUCCGCUUGAUCUCAAAAUGUUUGCGGCGACUGGUUGGAUUCUGGAAGAAGCAACGGAGGAGGAGACGGCACUGCAUAACCGCAUAAUGCCCACGGUGGUUAAACCACCCAAACAGCUCCUUCCUGAAGCAGAGGCCUCUGCCGAUCAGGAUAUGCCUUCCUAUGAGAUAGGGAUUGUGCGUCAGUUCCCCUUCUCCUCGGCACUCCAGAGGAUGAGUGUGGUUGCGCGGCUUCUCGGGGAGAAGCGCAUGGAUGCCUACUUGAAGGGGGCGCCAGAGGUAGUUGCUAGCCUUUGUAAACAGGAAACAGUGCCCCACAAUUUCUCUGAGGUUUUGGAAGGGUACACCAAGCAGGGAUUCAGAGUCAUUGCCGUGGCCCAUCGGAAACUCGAGUCAAAACUCGCAUGGCACAAAGUACAGAACGUCAGCAGAGACACCAUCGAGAGUAACAUGCAGUUCCUUGGCCUGAUCAUUAUGCAGAACAAACUGAAAGCGGAGACUCCUGGAGUUCUGGCAGACCUGCGAAGGGCCAGCAUUCGCACUGUCAUGGUCACAGGGGAUAACAUGUUGACAGCUAUCUCAGUGGCUCGGGACUGUGGAAUGAUUCCUCCUCAAGACAGAAUAAUAAUAGCAGAUGCACUACCCCCUAAAGACGGGCAGACCGCUAUGAUUAAUUGGCACUAUGCUGAUAACCCACCCGAGCAUGCCAGCAUGGCAGGUUCAAACCCAGAGGAAGUUCACAUCAGGCUGGAAGAGGAGAGCUCAGGGGCUGCAUUGCACAGCAUGGAGCACUAUCACUUUGCAAUGAGUGGGAAGUCCUUCGCUGUCAUAGCAGAGCACUUCCAGGACCUCCUCCAGAAGCUAGUACUGCAUGGCACUGUGUUUGCUAGAAUGGCUCCUGAUCAGAAGACACAACUGGUGGAAGCAUUACAGAGUGUAGAUUACUUUGUUGGCAUGUGUGGCGAUGGUGCAAACGACUGUGGUGCGUUAAAGAGAGCAGACAGCGGCAUCUCUCUAUCCGAGCUCGAGGCCUCCGUGGCAUCCCCGUUCACAUCCCGAACUCCCAACAUCUCCUGUGUGCCGAGCCUGAUCAGGGAAGGCCGUGCAGCAUUAAUUACCUCCUUCUGCGUGUUCAAGUUUAUGGCUCUGUACAGCAUCAUCCAAUAUCUCAGUGUCACCCUUCUUUACUCGAUCCUGAGCAAUCUUGGGGAUUUUCAGUUCCUCUUCAUUGAUAUAGCCAUCAUCCUAGUCAUUGUAUUUACAAUGAGUUUAAACCCUGCCUGGAAGGAGCUGGUCUCUGAGAGGCCUCCCUCUGGACUCAUUUCGGGGCCCCUGCUCUUUUCUGUCCUCAUGCAAAUCCUUGUGUGCCUGGGUUUCCAAACACUGGCCUUCCUGUGGGUCAAGUAUCAGCCCUGGUACCACCAGUGGACACCAAGUUCGGAUGCCUGCAGCCUGUCCAACUACUCACUCCAUCAGAAUGAGACAGCACACGAUGAACACAACAUCAAGAACUACGAGAACACAACACUCUUCUUCAUCUCCUCAUUCCAGUACCUCAUUGUAGCCAUCGUGUUCUCCAAGGGGAAACCGUUCAGGCAGCCUAGCUACAAAAACUUGCCUUUUUUAAUAUCUUCAUUUACGCUGUAUGCCUUCAUUCUGUUCAUCAUGUUGUAUCCUGUAGAUGCCAUUGAUCAGUUUCUGGAGAUUGUAUGUGUUCCAUACCAGUGGAGAGUCACAAUGCUUCUCAUCAUUGUAGUUAAUGCUGUGGUAUCUGUCCUGACAGAGAACCUCAUCCUUGACGUAAUCUUGCGGAAGUUUGUGUUCCGCCGAGACAAGCAGGGGAGCUCUGGCACCACCUCUGCCAUGCAGACACCACAGGUACAUUCAACAGAGGGUAUUGACCGGAGGGGGGAAAGGUUCUUGUCUUUUUUAUGCUGCCAAAGGAGAAGGGCACCCAAGGCCAAGUACAUGAAUCUAGCGCAGGAGCUACUGGUGGACCCAGACUGGCCUCCUAAACCCAAAACAACGACUGAAGCAAGGAAAGCCCCUAGCCACGAAAAUGUCUCUUACCAAAUCAUCUCUGCAACAUAGCACAGACCUGCUGCUCAGAAAACGAAGUGACCAAAGGCCUGUUGGUCAGAAUUCAAAAUGGGAGUUGACCAGAACAUUCCCACCCCCUCUUAGUCUUUCUGCAAACACACAGAAGGAAAGCUCCUCACCCUACAGCUAUGGACAAACGUUUUAAAUCACCUAGAAUUUUAGGAUAUAUAUAUAUAUAU